AUCAAAUAUCAGACACAUCUAUGAUUUCAACAUCAAAUUGAGAAAUAUUUCUAUCUUUAUUCUGUUAUAUACUUCUAAAAUUACUAACUUAUUCAUUUUACUUUUUCAUUUCACAUAAAUUAUUUUAAAAAUGACACGAAGUUCGAAAAUAGAAUUAGGUGAUGUAACACCGCAUAACAUAAAACAAUUAAAACGUCUCAAUACUGUAGUAUUUCCAGUUAGUUACAACGAUAAAUUUUAUAAAGAUGUAUUAGAAGCUGGCGAAUUGGCAAAAUUAGCAUAUUAUAAUGAUAUCGUCGUGGGCGCUGUAUGUUGUCGCGUAGAUAAUUCAGAUGGCUCCAGAAAAUUGUAUAUUAUGACACUUGGAUGCUUGUACCCAUAUCGACGAUUAGGUAUUGGUUCAUUAAUGGUACAACAUGUUUUGAAAUAUGUUCAAAAUGAUGGAAAUUUUGAUACCAUAUUUUUGCAUGUCCAAGUAAAUAAUCAAGGCGCUAUUGAAUUUUAUAAGAAAUUUGGAUUUGAAAUUGUGGAAACAAAAGAACAUUAUUACAAGCGAAUAGAACCAGCUGAUGCGCAUGUCUUACAAAAAACAUUGAGAAAGCGUGAAGAAAGUUCGAAUAAUAGUAAAAAGUCUAGUGAACCACAUGUUAACGGUUUAUCUCACCCUACGUAAACUUAUUGUAAUUCGUAAUUAAAUGCUCUAAAAUAUG